GGUAGUCGGAUUGUGUUUUGGGAGUUUGGUUAAGUCUGGUGAGGCUGAACGUGGUCAUGUGAUCCUCCCAGCGGCGGACAUCAAACGGGAUCAGCAGCAGCAGAUGCUUUAUUCAGCAACAUGCAGUUCCGGAUGACGCCACGCGGGGGCGACAGAAACAGCGGCGCUGAGGCAGCAGCAGGCAUCGCCGCGCUGCAUGAGCUGAAAACUCCACACUAACAUUUUUCGCUCUGGCUGUCAGCGUCCGGGGGGGUUUCUGGGGCUGGGGGGCUGCAGCACUGACAUGACAGCGGUAUGUCCCGCUGAUGGAUCCCUGUGAGUUCUGCUGUCAGUUUGGGAGUCGGUAAUCCGGUUGCAGGGCUCGCGGGGUUCCUCCUGGCGCGUGAAGCGCGCGGCUGUGAGCGGCAUUCACGUUUCCGGUGUGCUGCAGCGCCCGCAGUUGACUGGAGCCUUUGUGAGACACUCCCGCGUGAGCAUGGAAAACACACCUUAAAGUAUAAAAACACAAACCUUUGGCCGCACCGCGCCUCUCAACCGGAUCAUGGACUCCUCCACCAACAGUCUGGAUGAGGCGUCGGCGGACGGCAGCACCGACUACCAAGACCGAACCUCAAUGAUGGAGGUCCGCCUGCAGGCGCAGGAGGAUGAGAUCACUCUGCUGAAGUCCUCCCUCGCUGACGCCCUGCGCAGGAUCCACAUUCACGAUAAGCUCCUCCCACUACUGAAGCAGCAGCUGAUAGCAGUGAACCCCAGUGCUGCGAGGGUCCUGAACCAGGUGAGCUGCUCAGAGAGUUCUAGCAGCAGCAGAAGGUUCUCUUCCAGUGCAGCCGUUGAUGGGAUUCCUCUCUCUGCCGGUUCUCCAAGCCAACCGUCACACAACAUUGUGAACAGUGCUAACGGCCACACAGGAAGUCCAGCAGCAGCGGAGCUUCAGAGCAGACCAGCUUCCAGGGACCAGUCCACUCAGACGGAACCCACUCCGUCAGCGCUAGAACCCGACCAGAACACGCUCCCGCCGAACGACAAGAGCCUAGAUCCGGAGGGCGGCUGUCUCUGUGACCAAACGCUGCCCAACGAGAGCAGGGCCAAGCUUGUUCGUGUCCCUGGUCUGGAGGAUGAGGAAGAGGAUGAUGAGGACCAACAGGAUGACGGAGGAGAGCAGGAAAAGGAACUCAGCUUGACGUCAUCGAUGGAGGAGAGCGUCCAGUCGGAUCUGGUCCGAGGCCUGCAGAGGGAGGACUCGCAUGACGGGAGCUGUUCCUCAGAGGAGCCAGGCUCCUCCUCAGCCUCACUGUCAAGCUCCACCCAAAACCUCAGCUCCCGCUCCGGGCCGCUGUCCACCAUCCAGGAGGGGGAGAAGACCCUGGUUCGUAGGAACAGCGAAAAGCUAUCGAAUGCGGACAGGCAAAGGAAGCGUCUGGACAAGAAGGCAGCAUCUUCGGCAAACCUCCUGACCCGCUCCCCCAGUCUGGAGAAUCGGGCCAAAGAGCUGAUCUCCAAUGCAGGAUCACCCGGCUCAAGAAGAGGAACUUACAGCCAAGGACAGUCAAUCAAAAUGUUCAUCCGCGGCCGACCCAUCACCAUGUACGUCCCCUCCAACAUUCAGAACUAUGACGACCUGAAGAUGGAGCUUCCUUUGGAGCGGCUGGAGUUGGACUGGGUCUAUGGCUACCGUGGACGUGACGGCCGGGCCAACCUGUACUUCCUCCCCACAGGCGAGGCCGUCUACUUUAUCGCCUGUGUUAUUGUGCUUUACCACAUCAAAGACAGCACGCAAAGACACUAUCGAAAGCACACGGAUUGUGUUCGCAGUCUGGCCCUCCAUCCUGACAAAGUGCGGGUGGCAUCUGGUCAGACGGCGGGCGUGGACAAAGACGGGAAGCCUCUGCAGUCGUGUGUUCACAUCUGGGACUCCAACACUCUGGUCACACUGCAGCAGAUCGGCCUGGGAACCUUCCAGAGAGGAGUGGGAUCGUUGGCGUUCUCCUCUGCUGAUUCCGGUGGGUUCUUAUGUGUGAUUGAUGACUCCACCGAGCACAUGCUCUCAGUAUGGGACUGUGCAAAGGAGACCAAGGUGGCAGAAAUUAAGAGCACCAACGAGGCCGUGUUCGCUGUCGAAUUCAACCCCAGCGACAGCAACAACAUCAUCACCUGUGGGAAAUCACACGUGUAUUUCUGGACACUCAGUGGGGGACAGUUCACCAAGAAACAGGGCAUCUUUGGGAAAUACAAGAAGCCUAAGUUCAUCCAGUGCUUUGCCUUUGGCCUCACCGGAGACGUUCUGACCGGAGACUCGGAGGGGAACAUCCUCACCUGGGGAAAGUCAGCGGCUGAUGUGAAAACUCUGGGUAAAGGAGCAAAAGAGACUUAUCAGAUAAUGCGUCAGACCAGAGCCCAUGAAGGGAGUGUGUUCACCCUCUGCACCCUGCAGGAUGGUGCCUUGCUCAGUGGAGGGGGAAAGGACCGUAAGAUCAUCCGCUGGAGCGCCGAUCUGGCUCCAGAGAGAGAGUGUGAGAUUCCAGAGAAGUUUGGGACGGUCCGCACCAUUGCCGCCAUGGACGAGGAGGAGCUGCUGGUUGGUACCACGCGAAACGCCAUUCUGAGAGGAACCUUCUCUGAUGGGUUUUUGGCGAUUGUACAGGGUCACGUGGAUGAGAUGUGGGGGCUGGCGUCCCACCCGUCUCAGAGCCUCUUCCUCACCUGCGGCCACGACCGGCAGGUGUGUUUGUGGGAGGCAGAGGAGCACAGACUGAGCUGGAGCGUCUCUCUGGAGGAGUACGGCCUGUGCGCGGAUUUCUGCCCCAACGGAUCGACCGUCUCAGUCGGCCUCAACACGGGAAGGUGGGUGGUCCUCGACCUGUUGACCCAGGAGGUGAUUUCUGAAUCUGUUGAUGGCAACGAACAGCUGUCUGUCAUGAGAUAUUCCCCCGAUGGAAACUUUUUAGCUGUUGGAUCCCAUGACAAUUUCAUCUACAUCUACAACGUGACAGAGAAAGGGCGCCGCUACACUCGCUUCGGGAAGUGUAAUGGACACUCCAGCUUCAUAACUCACCUGGAUUGGUCCAAGGAUGGGCGGUACAUCAUGUCUAACUCUGGUGACUACGAGAUCCUGUACUGGGACAUCCCAGGAGGAUGCAAACUGCUAAGGAACCGCUCUGAGAGCAAAGACAGAGAAUGGGCGUCCUUCACUUGUGUCCUGGGCUUCCAUGUUAUGGGCGUAUGGUUGGAGGGCUCCGACGGCACAGACAUCAAUGCUUUGUGCCGCUCCCAUAGUGAAAGGAUCGUGGCUGUUGCUGAUGACUUCUGCAAGGUCCACCUUUUCCAGUUCCCCUGUCCAAAGCUUAAGGCACCCAGCCACAAGUACGAUGGCCAUGGCAGCCACGUCACCAACGUGUGCUUCACCCACAAUGACUCCCACCUGCUCUCCAUGGGCGGAAAGGACACUUGCAUCCUUCAGUGGAAGGUGGUAGGAGGAAACAGAUGGGACAGCAAAGACAAGUUGGGAUCUGCGUCGUCAACCUCCACCAGUUCUCUUGAACCUCCUGCAAGCUAGGUGGGCAGAUGUUAUCGACAGGACGGGAGCCGAGCCAGGGAGGAGCCAAGCUUUUGCUGCUCCACUGCUGUCAGUUUGACAAACAACAGAGAUAAUGAAAUGACUGUUCUAACCGUUCAUGCCUUUAACGUGCAAACCCUUGUGGAAAUGAUCCUUGCUGUAACAAGAUGGGCUACUUUCUGUCAAGAACCAUGAAGCGCUGUGAUGUUUGCUAUUGGCGGUCACCGCUGUCAUUGUGACUGUUUUCUAUCAAUCUCGUUUUCUUAAUUCCUUUAAUUGUUGCCUAAUGGCAAAACCCACUGUGCCUGAAAAAGUUCUUAAACCUUUUUUGAUUCUUUACAGUGCGUUUGGUUGGCCUGUAUUAUUCUUUCAAUAGACUGUGACACACUUUUUCCAAUAAAACAAACAGUAUUUUUGAACCAAACUGCACACACAAUAAUUCAAACUUUGGGACAGUUUCAUACAAACAUUAAGUAUACUUGGUGAAAUUGUUAUGGUCAAGCUCUCAAUAAAUACAUCAAUCCAGAAAA